CAACGUUUAACAUAAAGGGUGGCUUCGCGCGCUCUGAUGAAAAGCCUUUCAAUGCCGUACUGUAUACAGCACCGUCGGGACGCUAGCUGUGUUGUUGCUGCUGCGGUAGUCGAGGCCUAAUCUCACGUUGGACGUCAUCAAACACUGCCAACAAGAUUUCUCAUUUCGACUGUAAACAAGAAUCAGCUUUGACAAAAUGUGUGCCGAUAUGGUUACUAACCCGGCUAUUCCAUACAGUGGGCCGAUUCCCGGCGGCGUGUUUCCUUCGAAGACCAUUCAUGUCCAAGGGUUUGUGCCACAUGGAAGCCAAAGGUUCAGCGUGAACCUCCAGUGUGGAGUUGGCAUCAAGGGACCGGACAUCGCCUUUCACUUCAACCCCCGUUUCCAGGCGGGCCAGAAUCUCAUAGUCUGCAACACCCUUAGUGGCGGGAAAUGGGGAGCGGAGGAACGUCAACAUCAAUCCCCCUUUGCUCACGGCCAGAACUUCCACAUCAUCAUUCGUUGCGAGCAAAACUCGUUUAAGGUGGCUGUCAACGGUCGUCACUUUCUUGAGUACUACUACCGUAUUCAUAACCUGCAGAGCAUUAACGCAGUCAUGAUAGAUGGUACCGUCACCGUCUACAAUAUCCAAUACGAGCCAGCAUCUGCAGUUUACAUGCCACCUCAGCCUGCCUACCCAGCAGCGCAGCCUGCCUACCCAGCAGCGCAGCCGGCCUACCCAGCAGCGCAGCCGGCCUACCCCCAUGCCGCAGCCCCACCGGCCUACCCUGCUGGACCAAAGGUCGUCGCCUAUCCUGCUCUACCAUAUAUGGACUCGAUCCCUGGAGGUAUGCAGGCUGGAAAGAUGAUUGUGGUGAAAGUCACCGUGAAGCCCUACCCUACAAGGUUCCACGUGAACUUCCAAUGUGGCAUGUGUACCAACCCAAGAAGCGACAUCGCAUUCCAUUUCAACCCACGGUUUAAUCAGCAGACGAUUGUCAUGAACACCCUGCGCACCACCAAAUGGGAUGGCAACGAGCAGAAGUAUCGCACCUACUUCCCGUUCUUCGCAAACGGGACCUAUGAGAUCAUGUUCCUGUGCGAGCAUAACCAGUUCAAGGUCGCUCUGAACGGCUCGCAUCUCUUGGAGUACCCACACCGUCUGCCGUUUCAAAACAUCAGCGCUCUGCACAUAGAUGGCGAUGUUGUCGUGACCGAGGUCAAGUACCACUAAACAAGCCCGGGAAUUGGUUUAGUGAGCAGUUUCCAUGGCAACGACGGAGAUUUUGGACCGAUAUUUAGUUGAAAAUUAUUUUAAUCAUAGAACUACGAAUUAUUUCGCCUUUGAGUGGUUGCAGGUUUUGAGCAUAGAAAAGCUUUUUUAAUCUUUGAGGUCUACGCUCUGCACUGAGACUUGAUUAAGUGAUUCUUACUGUUAAGCGCUAUUUUUUUUCUAUUAUUAUUUCUAAACAUAAUAUUUUUGUUUCUGAUUCAAGCUCUGUAAUAUAAUGCGUCGAGCCAAGAGUUGUCUUUGAGAUUUGUGAUUUUGACUGUGAUUAUGAUACGAAGAUCUCUGCAUUUAUAUUAGCUCAC